UAGUGGUGGUCCGCAACGUCUGUGUAACGUGCACUGUGAACCAGAUCGUAUUUUGCGUCGUUUGGAUCAGCACAAAAAUCAGCACCGUUUUCCUUAUUAAUUAUCGACCGUUGGCGCUAAUAGUUUAGUGGCGGGACGCGACGAGGCAUGCACCUCCUAACCACGGGGUGGCGCUAAGGCCUCACUCAACCUGAGCAAGAGGAAGCGUCUAGCGUUUAAAUGGUCUUUGUGUUGGGAGGAUACCCAGCACCCCGUCUCCUUAUUUGAAAACUAAAGAACAAAAUGUAUGACAGCUCAUGUUUCCAUUGUGUAUAGAUGCAUCUGGCAGCACAAUAAAUGUCAAUUUAUUCAAAUAAGUCAACAGUUAAGAUGGAGGAAAACGAGUACACAUCACUGACGGUACCUACGGAUUAUUUUCAGCAGUGGUACCAGUCCAGCCAGCAGCACCCUGAGGCGCAGCAUGUGACGCCAUAUCACAACAUGGGCCAUUACACAGAAGGUCCCAGGGAUGAGCCUGUCAUGGCUGAGCUAUCUGUCCACCGGGAGCCACCUCUUUACCAGGAACCUUUUUACCAGAACUACCACCCAGCCCAGAAUCACUACCAGGAGCCGAUGUACCAGCAGAACGUCAGGGAGCAGCAGCAGCAGCAGCAGCAGCAGCAGCAUCUUGCGGUCCUGCAUCACCCUCAGCAGCUGGAGCCGAGUGUCCAGCACCAGCCUCAGUCUGCUGGUCCACCUCAAGCUGUGACACCAGCGAAGAAAAAGAGAGGCCGGCCUCCUAAACAGCAGGCGGAGGAGGGUGAGACGCAGGAAGAGGAGGACGAGGCUGAGGCCGCCAAGAAGGCCAAGAGGAUUCUCAACCGCUUCAACGGCAUGUCAGUGGCCGAGGUUAUGGCCAAAACCCUGCCAGACGUCAUUACCUACAAUCUUGACAUUUUGAUAAUUGGAAUUAACCCAGGACUAUUGUCAGCCUUCAAAGGACACCAUUACCCAAACCCAGGAAACCAUUUCUGGAAAUGCCUGUUUCUUGCUGGUCUAACUGACCAGCAGCUCAACUAUAUGCACGAUCAGAGCCUGCCGGAGAAAUACAGCAUCGGCUUCACAAACAUGGUGGAGAGGACCACACCUGGCAGCAAGGACCUCUCCAGUAAGGAGAUUCGUGAAGGAGGUCGACAAUUACUUGACAAGCUGCAGAAAUACAAGCCAUUAAUAGCAGCUUUUAAUGGCAAAGGUAUUUAUGAAAUCUUCUGCAAAGAAACCUUUGGUGUGAAGGCGAAGAAUCUGGAGUUUGGUCUGCAGCCCUACAAAAUCCCAGAAACUGAAACAGUGUGCUACUUGAUGCCCUCAUCAAGCCCUCGCUGUGCCCAGUUUCCCCGUGCACAGGAUAAGGUGCAUUUCUACAUCAAGCUGAAGGAACUGAGAGACCAGAUGAAAGGAUUGGUACCUAGUCGCGAGGUGGUAGAGACACAGUACUCCUUCGAUCUGCAGCUAGCUAAAGAGGACGCCAAGAGGAUUGCAAUCAAAGAGGAGCAGGUGGACCCAGAGUAUGAAAGCUGUAGUGCUCUGCACGACAACGUGAGGCAAAGCAGCAACGUGUCCAACUAAAAGGGACCAAGGAGAGGAAAAAAAACAGGCCUGUCUACCGUAGCACACAGAAAUGGACAUUGAAGGCCAGUCAGCGAAAAACAUGACACGGAACCACUGCAGCUGGAGAUGUUCGCUCAACAGAUAACAGCCGCACUAGUCGCAAGAUGCAUCGGUGAGAGAGAGAAACCCUCUGAUGACACCACAAGAGAGGGGACUCGCACUGUUCCUGAGGCAUCGCAGUGUGACGCACAAGAAAGAAAGUGCCGACAACGGUUACAUUUUCUAACUCCCAAACAGACUGUGCAUGUUUUUGGUGUUUUUUUAAUCACUAUUUAUUGCAUUUUGUAAGGUAUGUUUGUCCAGUGACUUAUUUUUGUAUUUUGAAAGAAUGACAUUUUAUGAUUUAUCAGCUGUAUAAAUAGGUAAUUGUACUUUAGAAUUUCUAAUCUGUAAUUACAGAGUCAUUAAAUCUC